AGCCAUAGAUUUCGGUAUGCAGGAAGAAGAUAUAAUUGCCCGUUUAGAUACAGCAUUCGACAAGCUUUGCUUAGCACCAUAUGCUAGCAAACUUCCUACUUUCUCAGGAGAAAGAGGAGCAAGAGGUCCCUUGCCCACCCAGUAUGACAAACUGGUGCAAGAGGCAGAAAGAAUGUGGAAUCUAAUCACAACAGACCACAGUUACAUUACGGGAGAUGCACUCAUAGCAAAAAUUGACAAAGUGUUGGACGACAUGUCCUAUCCAAUGAGUUCAAUAGCAAUUGAGAACACUUGGCCCUCUAACAAAAUGCCGAAUGUGAAUGUGAAAUGGGGUAAGGAGAAAUAUGUGGUUUUACUCGACUUUAAUGAGCCACCGCUCGUUUUCAAAUCUCAACUAUUUGCUCUGACUGGCGUGCCUCCGGAUCGCCAAAAAGUAGUCGUGAAGGGUAAAACUUUGGGCGACGAAUCAUGGACCGGGAUUACAAUCUCAGAAGGCGCGAUAAUAAUGAUGAUGGGCAGUGCUGAUGCGGUUCCCGCACCACCGAAACUAGAAGAAGAAAGGAAGGAGGCUGCGGAAAAUGAAGAAAACUCUGUCAAGUUGCCGAAUGGAUUGAAAAAUCUUGGCAACACCUGCUAUAUGAACUCAUUAGAUACCUUACAGCAGUAUAACGCACCCGAGUGGACAUGUGACGUCAUGACAGACGACACGAGUGGCCGGCUACCAUUCCCGAAAUCAAAGAGGGUCUUCAGUGUUUGCAUCAAGGAGGGACAGAAACGGACGCGAACAAAAAGAUGGCUAUGGCUGUCAAAAGCCUUGCAUGGCAUACUGCCACAGUUCAGUUCCCGAGACGAACAUGGCCAUCUUGAGCAACAGGACGCUAACGAAUGCUUUUCGGAAAUUCAAAGAAUGUUAUUGAACGCCCUAUCUGCAAACAAAGAGACUAUUGGGAAAGAUAUACGGGAAUUUUUCCGCGGACGAUAUCAAGUAACUCAAAAGUGCCUGGAGGCUGAUGAGGAGCCUAAACAAGUUACUAGUGAAGAAUUCUAUCAGCUUUCUUGCUUCUUAUCGCCUGAAGUUAGAUAUAUUCAAAGUGGGAUAAAAGAAAAGCUUUCCGGAGAAAUCGAAAAGACUAGCGGUGUGCUCGGACGAAAUGCCAAGUGGGAGCGAAAUGUGCUAAUUGAUCGACUACCGGCAUAUGUUUCGGUACAAAUGGUCCGUUUUUUCUACAAAGAGUCAAGCCAGCUUCGUGAAAUGGACAGUGGACCACCGUCCACAGUACCAAAGUUUUUCCGGGAUGUCGAGGACGACGGAAAGCCGUUGCCGUUUUCAUUUCCCGAUGACGAAGGCAGUAAUAACUCCGGAUUUUAUGAACUAAGAGCGGUGAUAACUCACAAAGGCCGAUCAUCGAAUUCUGGCCAUUACGUCGCUUGGGUGCGUCUAGGCGAGGACAAGUGGGCCAUGUGCGAUGAUGAUCAUGUAUCGCCAGUGACAUCCGAUCAAGUGCUGAGAUUGUCGGGUGGAGGUGAUUGGCAUUGUGCCUAUGUGCUGCUCUAUGGGCCACGCAUAGUAAAGGAAUAUCCGGAGCUGAAGGAAGAAAAAGAGAAUAUGGUGGAGCAAACGAAGGAAAUGGAAACUAUGCAAACAAAUUGA